UCGAGCCAGCGCUGAGUGGAGCCUGUCUGCCAACAGCUUCAGCAGCGGCUCUAUCUGGAACCCACUACACUCACUGACAAUUAAAGGAGGCCCCUUUUUCUUCUUAUUUCCAAGGACUAUUCUUCACAAUGGGCGACAAGAAGAGCCCUACCAGGCCAAAAAGACAAGCCAAACAGACCGCUGACGACGGCUACUGGGACUGUAGCGUCUGCACCUUCAGGAACACCGCCGAGGCUUUCAAAUGCAGCAUCUGCGAUGUGAGGAAGGGCACAUCCACAAGGAAACCCAGGAUCAACUCCCAGCUGGUUGCCCAGCAGGUGGCUCAGCAGUACCCGAUGCCUCCCCCACCGAAGAAGGAGCGGAGGGAGAGGAGCGAGCGCACAGAAAAGGAGCGCCCGGAUGGUGAAGGAGAGCGCGCCAACGGAGAGGGACGCCCAGAGGGUGAGCGUCCGGAGAGAGUGAGGCCAGAGGGAGACACUCCCGAGAAGGAAAAGAGCGACAAGGAGCAGCCAAUCAAAGACAAACCCGACACAGAGAAGGACAUCAGCCCAGCCGUCACGAAGAAGCCCAGCAGCAAAAAGACCAGACCCAAAUCAGACAACCAUCAGAGUCCACCCAGUGACAAACACAGCAUACAGUCUGGCAAAUCAGCAACCAAGACCAACAAGAACUCUCACAUUUCCAGGCCCAAACUGAAGAACAUUGACCGGAGCACUGCCCAGCAGUUGGCUAUCACCGUAGGGAACGUGACAGUGAUCAUAACAGACUUUAAGGAGAAGACCCGCUCCUCCUCCACGUCCUCAUCCACCAUCACAUCCAGCGCGGGCUCCGAACAACAGCACCAGAGCUCCGGCUCCGAGAGCAUGGACAAGGGCUCGUCGCGCGCCUCCACACCUAAAGGGGAUCUCUCUGUGGGGCACGACGAGUCGUUCUGAGUUCGCGCCCCUAUCCCCCCCCGUCUUCACCCUGCUCCACUCCCCCUUUUUCCCCCAAGUUUCUGGACACUAUGGAUCCCAUAGGGGGGGGGGAGAGGUCUCAACUUUCCCAUUGCUGCCCUGCCUCCAUUCCAUGACCACCCCUGGAUGCUGAGAGGAGCUGGCUGGCUAAGAGGAACAGUGCGGUGCGCCUGCCUGGGAAAUCAACACCCUGCUGGGGGAACUUCCCUCGUGGUUGCACCCAUGCCAUAGGCGAGGAGAGCUGGGCUACAAGGAAUAACACCCUACCCCAAACCUCCCCCGCGGUAGCAUCCAGACACUUGUAUGUAUUGUUUUAUAUUCGUACGUGGAUGUGAGGCCAAGUCAACAUUAUUUUUGUUUUUGUAAAGAAGAAUUCUCCGCUGGGCACAAUAACCACCAUCAUUUCAAUAACUUUAAACUAUUAUUACCCUUAUUUAUUACCUGUUGCACCUGUAUACUUUGAUGUUCUCCUUUUUUUUAUGUUGAAGCUUUGCUGUGUAGCUCUGCCGAUCGAUCAUUCCUUCAGUGGUUUUAUUACAGUUUGAAAAUGAUAGGACAAGACUCGGGUCACACAGACAGACACACACACACACACACACUGGUGCUAGAUACACUGUGAAGCAGUUUUGCAGAUCUGGGAUUGCCCACUCACUCAAUGUGACAAAGUGCUGACGAAUCAAAUUCUCAUUCACUUUUCUCAACAACACUGUUUCACUCUGAACACUGUCGGGGCCUCCAUCAGGCCCGUUCUGCUUGUUCUGUACAUGUCAAUGUGCAUCAGAAGAAGGUCACCGGAGGUUCAGACACCUGACUUUUUCAACUAGAUUGUCUAUGAUUUAGUAUGCUAUGGCAGAUCUCUUAUAAAGUAUCUUAUGUCAUUAACUGUACAGUGUAGGCUGUUGUGUAAAACACUAAAAGCUGUUGAUAUUUUCUGCAUUCCGUACUUAGAUAUUGAGUUUUCUGGCUAAAGGGAGAGCUGUCGCCUCAGCUCUUGAGCCAGAAUCUUUUCUCUUGUGACUGAAGGAUGGUUCCACGCAGUUCCACUUGGUAAAACCAUAUGGAACUGUGAAAUAGACUUGUUGUGUCAAGCUGUUGUGAAUCGAUCUCAUUUUUCUUUUGUUGUGGUCCUGAAGACAAACUUUGAAUCUUCAUUCUUUCAACCUGAUAUCCCAGAAAACACAUGCAAAGACAUUAACAAUUUGCAAAGAUUGACAAUUCAAUUGACUUUCUUUUAUUAAUUUAAGACUCCUGUCAUUGAAGGAAAAAAACUAUUGCAGUAGUUAAUAGAACACAAUUGCUCUUUCAAUUUUUAGAACAGCAAGGCUUAUUUAAGGGUUUUAAUUCACUUUCACCUUAGCUGAUACUAGACCAACAUAAUUUCCUUUUACCUGUAUGAAAUUGUAUAAAGAAUAAAUGUGUAUAUGAUAUCUUAGUUUUAUUUAUUGAAGGACCAAAGGAAUUUCAUAAUGACAUGAUAAAUAGACAAAUAAAUAACAAUUUGAAAUGCAAUUAUCUAAUGUGUGAGAUGAAUAACAGUUUAAAUAAAGACUAAUAUAAUCCAUGUAAA